AUGGAUUCGAACUCCAGCGAUACCUCAUACCUGUGGCAAAGAUCCCCCAGUGGCAUCUGGGAGAGACACAUCGACGAGUGCGAAAGCUUUUACUGGCUUUACACUAAACACGGCCACGGCUGUUAUCCCAUCACUGCUUGCGCGUCCUUCCAACUCAAGCUCUCUUCCCAAAAUGGCCACGACGACGAUAUCGAAGCUCUAAAGAAUGCUUGGGUCUUUCUUCGACACAAGCACCCGACACUGGGGUCCCGUAUCGAGCGAGAUGACGAGACCGGCAAGUCCAAAAGGAUCUACAAGCCCUUUGAGAAUAAUGAGGAUGUUGAUGCUUGGUUGAGCUCGACCUUCCAUAUCAUAAACACCGAUAAAAGCGCACUCGAGUGGUUCAAUAAUCAUGCUCCUAUCUUUGCUGUUCCAACCGUCUACAUCGUCCGGUCCAAAGGGGAUGCGAGUCCCCAGACCCUGCUUCUGCGGUGCCCUCACGAUAUCACCGACGGCGUUGGGGUUCUGCAGCUUCUGAAUCAGCUGUUUACUCAGGCUAGUCGAUCUUAUACACAGUCAGAAAAGUAUUCCUACCCGUUGCCUGACGAUGACCUCGAUACAAGAUUGUCGCCGUGUCUUCGUGUCGCGGCUUCAAUUCCCGAUCCCUUAUCCGAGGCGCAAGUUCAGCGUUUCCAUGCAAUCUCCUCCAAGAAUGGGGAAAUGUACAAUCAUCCAGGUCUGAUGGGCUUGCCUCCAACUUCUUCCCCAGGGGUCAACCCCGAAUUCAAGGCCAAGCGCAUCGCUGUAUCGGUCCCCAAGGGGAUAUCGGCACAGAUACUGGCGGGCUGCAAGAAGUUUGGCUCUGGAGUUAGUUUGACUCAUGUCUUCGUCUCGGCUCUGGCAAUGGCCCUCGCCGAGUUCCAGCCUCGCAAGCAGAAAACCUAUACUGUUCGCUAUGUCGAUCGUCCAAUGCUCAACCUUAGGCCAUUCUGCAAAGACCCAUACAGCAGCCCUGAUCAUGCGGGAGCAACUUACCACGCCGUCGGCGCGCAUGCUUUGGGCAUUGACUUGGAAGUUCCUGGGCUAGCAGUUGACAACGAUGUUGCGACAAAGACCUUGCCUCAAAUUGCUCUAGAUGUUCGAGACUUCUAUAACAAGUACAAACCCAACUUAUUGGAGGAUAUCCACGAACAAGUUCUCUUCGCUCCCCUGACAUUCAAAUCCCAGUUUCCCCCUCCUGGGGCAGAUCCCUGGUGUGUCUCAAACCCACCAUUUUGUCCUGUUUCUCUCUCCUCAAUCGGCAACCUGAGCUCUGUCGUGGCUGCGUCUAGUGAGACUUUCAAGCUUACCAAUGUCUGGGUCGCCAGUCAAUCAAUUAUUACUGGUGUCGCAAUCUUCCUUGGCAGCUGGAAUGGGGAGAUUGAACUUUCUAGUGUUUUCAAUUCUCAAUUCCAUAGUGAGGAGCACAUACAGAAAGUCUUGGAAUGUAUCUUGAACCAUGUUUAUGUGUCCUGUAUCACAAAAGAUCCCCUCGCCGUAUACUGA